AUGGGAAUUGCAGGGGGCAGGUUUGCCUUCUCCAUCUAUGACUUUGACGGCAACGACACCAUGGACGCCUUCUUCCUUGGCGACUGCCUCAGGGCACUCAACUUGAACCCCACCAAUGCAGCUGUUGAGAAGUUGGGUGGCACCAAGUUGAAGAAGCAAAAGUUCCUCAAGGUGGAGGAAUUCCUGCCCAUCUUCGCCGAGGUGAAGAACUCCAAGGAUGAGGGCAACAAUGAGGACUUCCUCGAAUGCCUCCGCCUCUAUGACAAACAUGACGACGGCAAGAUGCUCUUUGCUGAGCUCCAGCACAUCCUCCUGGCCGUUGGCAAGUAUACUUUUGUCAUUUAG